AUGUUUGAGUCUGACUCAUGGGCAGUGGCCAAUGACCUGGCCAUAUGUGAGAGCAACACGACACGGUUCUGGCCACACAUCGGUGGGAGGGAAGUGGAGCACAAAGCAGGCAGCCUCCUUUUGGCGUCCCCAGUUCGGCCCCAGGAUGUGGAAAUGACUAGGUCUUGUCCUUGCUCACAGUAUGAAAAAGCUUUCUCACCCAAGUAUCUGCAGAACUGGUCUCUCGCCAAGCCAACAAAAGAGAGGAUUUCUUCCCAUGAAGGCUACACUCAGAUUAUCGCCAAUGAUCAUGGACAUCUGUUGCCUUCAGUGCCCCGUUCCAAGGCAAAUCCUUGGGGAUCCUUCAUGGGCACAUGGCAAAUGCCUCUGAAGGUACCCCCUGCUCGGGUGACCCUGACCUCCCGUACAGCUGCUGGUGCUGCCUCCCUCACCAAAUGGAUACAGAAAAAUCCUGAUUUACUGAAGGCCUCCAAUGGGCUGUGUCCUGAAAUCUUAGGCAAGCCACAUGAUUCAGACAGUCAGAAGAAACUCAGGAAGUCUAUCACAAAGACUGUACAACAAGCAACAAGUCCAACCAUAAUCCCAAACUCCCCAGCCUCAAGUCUCAAUACCCUAGAUCAACUCCAAAGCUCACAUCCCUCGGCAGGUCACACUCCAAGUCCCCAAACCCCAGCUAGCUCUCCUAAGAGCCCCCCUGGAAGCCCAUGCAUGCUAGAACACUGUGCAGGUCCUGAUCUAGCCGAGGUCCAGAAAUGCAAACCUGGAACUUCAUAAAGGACUGGGACCACACUGAGAAAACCUGUCUAGAGACUGAGUGAAUGAAGUAAGCAAGACCCUCAGUCGAAAAUUAUGGGUGGGUAUCAAGGCAAAUUCAGAAAAAAUAAACAUCAUUUGUUGAA